AUAUCUAUCACAGCGUUCGUUGUCUCUUGCCUCGUCUAUCGCCAUGCAGGAGUCUCGCAAGUAACACACGAGUCCAAUGUUAUGGUCUUGAUCACCAAGGUGAACUAUAUUUUAUCAUGUCAGUUGCAUAAUACUUGCGUAACAAUUUCCCAUAUAAAGAGCCGAGUUCCCUAACAAUUUAUAACAGAUGUCAUUCAAGUCGGUGAGAAAUAUAUACAACAGCUAUUUGAAGAAAAAAACUUCCUUGACAGAUAAAAUGAACGAAAAUAUGACAUUUUCAAUUCUAAGGAACAAGUUCUAUAUGAGUGGAUCUAGACUUGGGAAUGCUUGUUCUAUUAUGACGAAAAUAAGAAUAAAGCUGGUUUCUCAGGCCAUGAUGUCACGAAUAGUAGUAGUAGCCUUUGUUAUCCUAGGUUUUAUGGUCUUUGCCAGUAUUAUUGCAAUCAUCAUUCUUGCAGAACGAGUGAAUGAAAUCUCAGCUAAACCAAAUACAGAUGAAGACAAUAUAGACACGGCCAGUUGUGACGAUAUUGCAAUUGUAGGCGCUGGUAUUUCUGGCAGUUACGCCGCCUGGCGUCUUCGAGACAAAGGACUGAAGAUAUCAAUGUACGAGUACUCGGACCGUAUUGGUGGCCGGUGUUUUACCGUUCAAUUACCGGACAUACCGGAUGUAAACAUUGAUAUGGGAGCGAUGCGGUUUAUUCCUAGCUGGCACCAGUUGCUGAACAAAACUAUUCAUGAGUUAGGUUUGGAAGUAGAAGACUUGAUAAACGCACCGGCUGGCGACGGCGGCACUCUCUACUAUCUUCGAGGCAAACAUAUGUCAUAUAGUGAACUCCCCACCAAAGCUCCAUAUAACAUACCUGAGAACUACAGAAUCGAUUAUGACACACUAAGAUGGCAAGUAUACAUAAAUAACACAUUAGAAAGAAGCAGGUGUGAAACACUAACGUCCGAAAACAAGCAAUUUAUCAAGACAUUAGACGGGGUGAAUUUAUAUAUGCAAAGCUGGGACGUGUUCAGUGGAAAGUAUCUAGAUAAAGAAACAACCAAUUAUAUUGUUGACGCCGCGGGAUAUGACUUCGAGUUUGAAGGUGCUACUGCAGCACAGUUUGUUCCAACUUCAAAUACUCCUUCAGGAUGGAAUACUGCCCGUUUCAAAACGCCUUCGAAAGGAUUUCAAGCUGUUCCAAUAACGAUGGUCGAACAAUUUCUAAACGCAAGUACCAGACACACAUUUUACAAGAAUUUCCACUUGAGGACAAUAAAGAGGAACUGGGAUGGAUUUUAUUUACUUAAAUUUCAUCCAACGGAAACUAAAGCUGGUAUUACCUCGGAUGUUCAGGGAGAAGCCAAAAGAAUGAUGUGUGCUCGAAAAGUGUUGCUAGCAAUACCAAAACUUGCAUUAGAAAAUUUAGACUGGGGUGUCUUGAAAAACGAUCAUAUAAAAGACAUUCUGAAGAAUUCCCUUGUGAGUAUCCAUGCGAUGAAGAUGUUUUUAGGGUAUGAUAAUCUUUGGUGGCGAAAUAUGGAGCUGUCUUCCAGCAAAAUCAUCUCCGAUACACAUUUAAGAGCCACGUAUGAUUUUGUAAACCUACAGUCGAAAAAUACGUCAAAAGCUGUUUAUAUGGCUGGUUAUCCUGAUCUUAGUAACGAGUUUUGGAGACAUGCACAAGCAUUUGGUGACCCUGUACUAGGUGUAGGAGACAAGUCAAUUGAAAUGACAAAUACAACCGCAAACAUUGCUAGGAACUAUCUGUCUCAGAUCUUUAACGUCAGUGUAAAUGAUAUACCAUCGCCGGCCUCUGCGGUGAUGUCAAUUUGGGACCAGUAUCCAAUAGGUGCAUCAUGGUAUGCUUGGGCUCCAGGUUACAAAUGGAAGGAGGUCGAAUCUAUCAUGCUGAAACCGUCCUCUACAGAUGACAUAUAUAUAAUAUCGAACACCUUCAGCCGCAAUUCAAGUUCCACAAGUGGUGCUUUGGAGCUAGUUGAGAAAGCUCUCGAACGAAUUGGAUGAAAUUCUGAAGUGAUAGACAAAGUUGACAAGUUGAAUAAAAAAGACAUGUGCAAGUGGCAAAUAGACUAGAAAUAUGACCGUGAAACAAUUAAAACCUAGGUGUGUUAUAUCGAAAUAUAUAUUUCACGGCUUCGCUACUAAGGAAGACAAUCGGAGUUCACUCGAUGGCAGGUGUUCUCGGAUCAUUUAAUAUUUUCAUGAAAGAGUUUCACUUAAACCGGUGCCAGAGUCGUGAGGGGUUUUACACUGUCCAUAUACUUUCUAGAAGAGACUCAUUUUGUUUGUGUAUUAUUCUUACCUUUUAUAAAAACAAAGUUUAAGUUUAAGCUUAAGUGUCACGUGGCGGCUAAAAAAAGUUUCCCUUUAA